AACUCAUCGGUGAGCGACCGGCGAGAAUCCACAUCUCGCCGGAAUUUCGCUUUCUUGGAUCUUAGGAAUUUUGCAAUUUCUUUUGCCUCUCGGGAUCGAGCUGCCGAAAGAGGGAUAGAGAAUUAAAUUUCAUUUUUUUUCAAAAAUUUAUGUCAAAUGAUUCCGUAAUUAUGGUUUUGUAGAAGAAGACAGAGACCAAAAAAAAAACAUAAAAAAAUAAUUCUCUCUCGUGUGGCGAGCUAUGGCUUGAAAUGCAGGAAAAACAUGAUUAGGUCCCUUGCUCUAUCUUCUUCUUUUAUGCCUUGAAUUAUUUUUCCUUCUCAGAAUUGCUCUUUUUUAAUAUUGAAUUGCGUGUUGCUUUCGACCCGGGUGUCAUUUCAUGAAACGGUUCACGGAAUUUUCAAGAGAUUUGGUUCAAAAGGGAUUGUUUUUGUUGAAUGCUUUCCGAGACAGUGGCAUUAAGUCAGGCGGAAUUGCGACCGAUGAAUGUUGGGCUUUUAGUUUUCAGUUCUUCAGAUUUGUGGUGUUGAAGCCGAAGAAUGCCAUUUGAGAUCAUGGAUCAAAGGAAUGCAGUGGCAUCAUCCCACUUUUUAGAAGACACUCGUUUCACUGCUGAGAGACAAGUUGGAUUCUGGAAACCGAAUACUAUGUCUGAUUAUCAAGACAAGGUCGUUAGUUCAUCCCCGUUGGAAAAACUGUCUACCGAGCAUAUGGAACUACCCCCAUCAAAUUUGGCAAGAGAUCAAGAAGAUGGGGUAAACAUUGAUCGGAAGGGAAUUACCAAUCUAUCUGAGACGCAUUCAUGGAGUUCUGUGAAUCAUGAUCCAAAAUCGAUGUCAAAUUUGUAUACACAACCAGCAGUGAACUUGAAUAGAAACAGCACCAAUGGCAAUGUGAUCCAGCAUGAAAGUAGUCUGUUUACAAGUUCAUUCUCUGAAAUAUUUAAGAGAAAUUUGAGAUUAUUGGGGAACGAUCUACCUUGUCAACAUGCCGGUUCAGCUGCUUCACACCAUGAGGGAGAACCUUUCAAACAUAUGGAAGAAGUUGAGGCACAGACUAUUGGGAAUCUCCUUCCUGAUGAAGAUGAUCUCUUCUCUGGGGUGAUUGAUGACUUGGGACUUAAAACUCAUGCCAGUAAAGGAGAUGAAUUAGAAGACUUCGAUCUAUUCAGCAGUGGUGGAGGAAUGGAGUUAGAAGGGGAUGAUCGUGUAUCCAUGGUUCCAAGGAAUUCAGAUCUUGUUAGAGUAUUGAAUGAUCAAGGGAGUUCAAAUGGCUUAAUUGUAGGUGAACAUCCAUACGGUGAACAUCCUUCUAGGACACUUUUCGUUAGGAACAUUAAUAGCAAUAUUGAAGACUUGGAGUUAAAGGCUCUCUUUGAGCAAUAUGGAGAUAUCCGAACUCUCUAUACUGCCUGCAAGCAUCGUGGGUUUGUUAUGGUUUCUUAUUAUGAUAUAAGGGCAGCCCAAAACGCAAUGAGGGCUCUGCAAAAUAAAUCACUGAAGCAUAGGAAACUUGAUAUACAUUAUUCAAUUCCAAAGGAAAAUCAAUAUGAAAAAGAUGUUAACCAAGGGACGCUGGUGGUUUUCAACCUUGAUUCUUCUGUUUCAACUGAUGAACUUCAACAAAUAUUUUGUGCUUUUGGAGAAAUUAAAGAAAUUCGUGAAAUUCCACACAAGCAUGACCAUAAAUUCAUAGAGUUUUAUGAUGUUAGAGAUGCAGAAGCUGCUUUUCAUGCUCUGAAUAGGAGUGUUAUUGCCGGAAAGCAGAUCAAACUUGAACCAAGCCGUCCAUGGGGAGUUAGACUCUUUAUGCAACAGCCCGAGUCAGAGCAAGAUGAACCUAACCUAUGCAAAAGCACUUUUGAUGAGUUCUUAUCAGGCAACGGUGUUUCUCGAGGAAUAACUGCAUCUGGCUGCGUGGAUAAUGGGUCUACCCAGGUGGUUGUACCUUUUGCUAACGAAGGUGUACCAAGUUUCCAUUCCCAUUCCUUACCCGAAUGUCAAGAUAGCUUAGUCAAUGGUAUUUCAUUCAACUCCUAUAGCACCAUAACGGACAUGGCUAGCGGUGCCAGUCCCAUGAUGGCUGAAGGACUUGAUAAUAGGCACAUUCGGGGACCACGGUCAAAUGGCCACCUGAUGCAACCCAACGCAGGAGUUAUUGGGUCACCUGGAAAUGGAAGCUUGCCACUUAAUGGAAAUCAUUACUCGUGGAACAGCUCCAACUUGCGCCAGCAAGAUCUGCCAAAUUUUAUGGUUUGGCCAAAUUCUCCAUCGUUUGUCAAUAGCAUUCAUGCCAACCGCCUUCAACGUAUCCCUGCAUUUCCUAGGACGACUCCUGUAAUGUUGAAUGUAGGGUCACCUGUACACCACCACAUUGGCUCUGCGCCACCAGUUAAUUCUGCGUUCUGGGACAAGCGGCAUCCCUAUACCGGUGAGUCCCCUGAAGCUUCGGGUUUUCACCUGGGAUCUCUUGGAAGCAUGGGCUUUACCAGUAAUUCGACAUCGCAUCCCUUGGAAUUUGCUUCCCACAACAUUUUUUCUCUUGCUGGUGGAAAUUGUAUGGAUUUGACGAAAAAUGGUGGGGUACACUCUUCUCAGCAGAUAGGCAACCUAUUCCUUGGCAGGAACCCUAUGAUUUCAAUGCCAGCAUCUGUUGAUUCCCCUAAUGAUCGUGUUAGAAGCUUUUCGCACCGUAGAAAUGACUCAAAUUCUAGCAACGCUGAUAAGAAACAAUAUGAGCUUGAUAUUGACCGGAUCAUACGCGGGGAAGACAGCAGAACAACACUUAUGAUCAAAAACAUACCCAACAAGUAUACCUCAAAGAUGCUUCUGGCAGCGAUUGAUGAGCACUGUCGAGGAACUUACGAUUUUAUUUAUUUGCCAAUUGACUUCAAGAAUAAAUGCAAUGUAGGCUAUGCUUUCAUCAACAUGAUCGAUCCACAACAGAUCAUUCCCUUUUAUAAGGCAUUCAAUGGCAAGAAAUGGGAGAAGUUCAACAGUGAAAAGGUUGCAUCUAUUGCGUAUGCUAGGAUCCAGGGAAAGGCUGCUCUUAUUACUCAUUUUCAGAAUUCAAGCUUGAUGAAUGAAGAUAAACGUUGCCGCCCUAUUCUCUUCCAUACUAAUGGCCCGAAUGCUGGUGAUCAGGAGCCCUUUCCUAUGGGUACCAAUAUUCGACCAAGACCAAGGAGACCUCGAACCACUAGUAAUGACGAGAACCACCGUCAUGGUAGUUCUUCAACUUUAUCUAACACGGAGGAGUUUUCCAAUGCGGUCGACUCAUUGACGGGUUCUUCCAAAGACUCUGAUUGAACAGUGUGCUUAUCCAUCUCUAACUUCCCAAGUUCCAAGUAUCUGAACCAUUUUUUUCAGUAGAAAUUACUCUGUGUUUUGAUGGUGGCCUGAUGACUCUUUUUUUGACAUAGAGAAUCAAUUCCGGGAACCAAAAUGUAUAACCGAUACUAAACUCGACAAAUUUUGUUUUUCACCGAAGCCCAUUCCAAGUGUAGAGACCAGUGUAAUAGUGGCUUCAAAUUUUGGAUAGUCUUUGACCGAAGGGGUAUCGUGUUGUAUAAAAGUACCCGUGCUUAUGCACGACCUUAGGGAUCCUUUCGUUGUUUCUGUUUUGUAUCCCGGGUUACGCGAAUUUCAUUUUCUUGUCCCGGAGGUUUCGGAAUCCGUACGAUGCCCCUUCUUUUAGUCUGUCUGGGGUGUAACUGCUCCAAGAGAGGGAGCAAUGAACAACACAUCUAAGUUUUCUAGUUGUGAAAUUUCUGAACUUUGUUCAUCUUUAAUGGAAAUACAUUUGUUCUUCUUUGGCC